AUGGAUUCCUUUGUCGAUCUCAAUGAUGGCUCCCAGGCGUUGGACCUGUCGCGCAUCCGCUACCAGCUCAUCCGUUUGGAAGAUACCAUCAUUUUCGCCCUCAUUGAGCGUGUACAGUUUGCCCUGAACAAGACCAUCUACAUGCCCGGUGCCCUCGACAUCCCCGACAGCAAGCUGAGCUUCUUCGACUGGUACCUGAGCGAGCAGGAGAAGCUCCAGUCCCUCAUCCGUCGCUACGAGUCGCCCGACGAGUACCCCUUCUUCCCUGAGGCCGUGCAGAAGCCCAUCCUCAAACCUCUCAGCUACCCCAAGAUCCUCCACGACAACGACGUCAACGUCAACGACAAAAUCAAGGACUUCUACACGGACAAGUUCCUCCCCGCCGUCUGCCCCGACUUUGGCCACGGCGACCGCGGCGAGACGCAGGAGAACUACGGCUCGGCUGCCACCUGCGACAUCGCCUGCCUACAGGCCCUCUCCCGCCGCAUCCACUUUGGCAAGUUCGUCGCCGAGAGCAAGUUCCGCUCUGAGACGGAAAAGUUUACCGCCCUCAUCAAGGCUGGCGACCGCAAGGGCAUCGACGACGCCAUCACCAACCGCGCCGUUGAGCUGCAGAUCUUUGAGCGCCUGCGUCUCAAGGCCCGCACCUACGGCAAGGAUCCCGGUCUGAAGGAGGGCUCCGAGUCGCACAUCAAGAUUGACGUCGACGCCGUCGCUGCCAUGUAUGAAAAGUAUGUUAUUCCCUUGACAAAGGAGGUCGAAGUAGAAUACUUGAUGCAGCGCCUUGAGCCUGCCGCAUAG